AUGACGAGCUCUACCACUGCUGCUUUUGCUUAUGACAUGGCGAUUUUGGCCAGCAAUGAAAAUUUUACUCUUGCUUCUAAUUUCCUACAAAAUCAUCUCAAUAAAAUAGCGACCUGGACAAAAAAAUGGCGCAUCAAAAUUAAUGAUACGAAGUCAACUCAUAUUACCUUCACACUUAAUAAAUCAAAUUGUCAAGCUGUGUACAUAAAUAAAAGAAAAAUACCAAUCAAAGACACAGUCAAUCUAUGUGAAUCUUAUUACUUGGGUAUUCACAUAGAUCGCAGAUUAACCUGGAAGCCGCUCAUCGUGGCCAAAAUAAAACAAAUUGAACUUACACUUUCAAAAUUAAAAUUGGCUCGCUGGUCGAAGAUCAAAAUUAUCAUUAGAUAUGUGCGAACCAUCUAUAUAAGAGGUUUGACAACUGAUGGCGUCACCAGUUAUGCCUCAAAUUCAAUUGUGUCACCGCUUGUGGGACCCGCCUACGUUGCACCAGAUGACACCACGAUAUGCCCUUUAGACAUCCCCACUCCUUGUUGCAGAGGGAGAGCUUUCAGUAAAUGCAAGAAAUCAGAGUAUGAACUACAAGCUGCCAAUGGUACUCCAAUUCGAACGUACGGACUGAAGAAUUUGCGUCUUAAUUUCGGGCUGCGAAGACAGUUUGACUGGAAAUUCAUUAUCGCAGACGUGGAUACACCAAUAGUAGGUUCGGAUUUCUUAGCAUUUUUUGAGCUUCUACCAGAUUGCCGAAAUAGACGCCUUGUCGAUGGAAAAACUGGGUUGCACACCGCAUGUAUUCAGUUUUUGGGAUACGAAAUUUCCGCAACAGGAACCAAGCCACCAUCUGAACGUAUCGAAAAUCUGACGAAUUUUACUCGUCGAGAAACCGCAAAGUCAGCUUCGAACCAAGCAAUACUUCAUGAUGCAAUAUCAUCUAUCAAAGGCAAUAAAUCUAUUUCCUGGACUCCAGAACUAGAAAAAGCAUUUCAAUCCUGCAAAGACAAACUUACGGAAGCAACGCUACUCCAACAUCCAAUUCAUGGUGCUAAAUUAGGAUUAUUUACAGAUGCUUCCCAGCAGGCAGUAGGUGCCUGUUUGCAACAAUUGGUUGAAAACAAAUGGCCUAGCAUACUUCUCUAUAAAGUUCACUCUUCGUCAAUCGACAUGGCCAGCUUAUUUCAGAGAAUUGCUAGCGGUAUAUCUUGCUGUGCAGCACUUCAGUUUACAACAGACAUAAAAUACAUCGGAGGCCAGGAAAAUAUCAUAGCUGAUACACUGUCACGAGUCGAAGCCAUUACAAAAGAUAAUUUACUUAAUUUCGAAAUCCUAGCACAACACCAGAAAGAUGAUGCGGAACUUAAACGCCUUUUGAUGCAAGACACCAAACUACAAUUAGAAGAAAUUCCAGUACCAGGCACACACAUAAAGUUGUUUUGCGACACGGCGAAGGCUCAGCCACGAUCUUAUAUCCCGGCACCACUGCGGGGACAAAUAUUUAACUUAUUACAUGGUUUGAGUCACCCUGGAAUACGAGCAACUUCGCGUCUUAUUACUGCACGGUACGUAUGGCCAUCUAUACAGAAAAACUGUCACGAUUGGGCUAAAGCUUGUCAAGAUUGUCAAAAGUCCAAAAUAACACGACAUGUACAUGCACCUAACGAAACAUUUCCCUUGUCAACAGCAAAAUUUGCACAUCCAUUGAUCGAUUUACCAAAUGGCCAGAAGUAUACCCACUACUGGGCAAUAUCUGCAGAAGAAAUAGCCAUUGGAUUUUUAUCAUGCUGGAUAUCUCGCUUUGGAACUCCAGUCAAAAUAACGACGGAUCGAGGUACUCUAUUUGAAUCUGAAUUAUUUAGAUCAUUAAAUAAUAUGACAGGUACCAUUAGGAUCAAGACUUGCAGCUAUCAUUCAUGUUCAAACGGUCUAAUAGAACGCUUCCAUCAACAACUCAAGGCCGCUAUAAUGUGUUACAAAGACAACACAUGGUUGGAAGCACUUCCGCUAAUUCUAUUAGGCAUUCGAAACGCUUACAAACCUGAUAUCAAGACAUCAGCAGCUGAAAUGGUGUAUGGUGAACCACUCCGCCUUCCUGGAGAAAUUUUUGAAUUACACAGAAAUCCUCAAAAUUUAAGACAUCCGGCUGAUCUAAUCUCGAGACUUCGACAACACGUAGCGCAUCUUCAACCAAGUAAAUCCAGUAAUCACACAAACAAUAAACCGUUUAUUUUUCAGGACCUACAAACAUGCACGCAUAUUUUCCUCCGCGACGAUACUAUCAGGAAGUCACUUCAACAACCAUAUCAAGGUCCAUACGAAGUCCUUAAGAGAGAUGACAAAACAGUAACCAUACGAACACAGAAAGGCAAUACACGGGUGUCCAUCGAUCGCAUCAAAUCAGCCUACAUCAUAGCAGAUCCAGUAGGCUAA